UCAAUUCCGAUUCUUAACGUCUCACAGCCGCAACAGCUACGGUUAACCGUUAGCUUAACUCUUGAAACAAGUUCCUUUAUUAACGAUAAAUAACCAAAGUCCCAUCGAUGCCUCGCAAGUUGAGUUUCUUUAAAGCCAGACGGUACAGCGGAUCUAGUACCCUUGCAUCCAGUGAUGUAUCUCUGGAUAUAUCUAGUGAUCCUUUCGAAAAUCAGGAUUGUUUGUCGCUUAAUUUGGAAGAUGGCGUGUCAACCGAAAUGUGUAGCAGUAAUAACCACUGCUCUACUGAGAAAUCUGCCAUCACAAAGGACCAUCACAAUGAUGGAGAAGCGUCUGGUUCUGAUGACGCGAUCCUCCAGCUCCAAGAGUUUAGAGAAACCCAAAUCCAACAAGAGAAGUGCCUGCAAACCCUCCAAGCCAACUACCACAGAGAUUUCACUAUGAUAACACAGGCCCUUGAAGAAGAGAAAUCAAGCAAAGAUGUUUUAACAAAGGAACUUGCUGACUUCACUGAACUUUAUAAGAAUGAAACGCAGAACUUGAAAGAGGAGCUGACCAGUACACAGGAGAUGAUCAAGCAUCUGGUUUUAAAAGCUACGACAGAUAUUCAUGAGGUGCUGGGGGCUCUUCAGUACCGUUUGGAGCAGCUUGAAGAGCAGCAACGGCAAAAGCAGAGGCUUCUGCCUGUAAUCCUCGAAAGAAUUCUGAACAGCCCAUUUGUCAUUUGGUCGGUCCUUCUAGGGCUUCUGUCCACAGUGGGCUACUUAGUCGUGACCCUUAGAGCAUAAGGCUCCAGGCCUUUUGCUGUUUUGACACUUGAAGAGGAUUUUUUUCUUGAAUAUUCUGACUUGGUCUGUAACUUGAGUUCUGAGAUACCUGUAAUAAAAGUUUCAAGCCAUGUGA